GUAAUGGUUUUUUAAUUUUAGUUAACAAAUAUUUCAUCCAUUAUCUAUAAAAUUUGUUUUCAUAAGUGAUGACCACAUUUAAGAAUUAAUUAUCUCGUAUAAUGGUAAACUUGGAUUGGAAUCUCAUCAAAGCUGCUGACAUAUCUAUACUUGCUAAUGAUGAAGAUGCUGCUGACGAGUAUUUUGCUUUUUUGUCGCAGGGGUCAUUGGGGAAUGAGAAAGAUCCUGAGAAUCUUGCAAAGCUGUUUGAAGUCACCAGAGUUGUCAUGAAUAUGAAAGCCAUGCAAUAUGAAGUAGCCGUUGAUGAGAUUGAAAAGGUUACUCAUGAAGUGGCAUCUGAUAGAGAAAAAAAUCUUCUUUCAAAAUUGCAGCUAAUGCAAUCUCAGUUAGAGCAAUAUCAAAAACAUUCAGGAGCUGGAGAGAGUUAUUUUCGCUCAGAAAUACUAGCUUUGGAACAACAAAAUAAGCUUUUGGAGCAAGAGCUUAUUGAAUCAAACAAUAGAUUAAGAAGAGAACAAAGUACUUAUGAUCGUAUGACUUUAGAAAUUCAGCAAAUGGAAGCAAAGUAUCUCGAAACAAAGCAAAAGCUUGACACUGCGCAAUCUGAUAUAUUAGAGUAUCAACGACAAUUUCAAUCCCAACGUGCAAAUAUAACCACUCAUCGAACAGAUGUUGAUGAAAUUCGUGAACAAAUUAAAAAAAAGAACAAAGAAAUGUCUCAGUAUUUAGAUGACAUAAAACAAUUACAAGAUGAAAACGACAAGUUAGUACAGGAUGUAGAAAAUGCGAAAAAGGAAUUAGAGCAAGCCACUCAAGAUAUGAAUAGUAUCACUGAUGACUAUGGAAAACUCAAGGUAAUUCUAGAAGAUACAGAUGCCGUUUUGGAAGAGAUGCGGAAAGAAAGAGACAUUUUGCGUUCACAGAUUCAUGAUAUGACAGUUCAACUUCAAAAGCAGACAGAUGGGGAUGAUAAAAUUAUGAAUGAACUCAAUCAGAAAGUUCUCCAAUGGAAAGAUAUUUUGUCAGCUAAAGAUGAAGAAAUUGCAAAUUAUAAAUUAGAGGUUUUUAACUUAGAACGACAACUUCGUACUGCACAACUAGAUUCUGAUCAUAAUGAUAUAGUUCAGCUUACAGAGGCUAACAAAAGGAAAGACGAGCAAAUUAACGAGUUGAAGAAGAAGUUAGAACUUGCAACAAAAGAUUACAAUGAGUAUAUUGAUCAAAUUAAUACUUUAAAAAGUACAUCUAAAGAAAGUUCAUCAAUUUUACAGCAAAAAAAAAUCAAUAAACUUAACCAGACAUUACAACAGGAACAACUAAAUACAAAGACCGAAAGAGAAAGAAUAAUUGAGAUUGAAAAAGAUGUUAUAGAAAAAGAUCGUCAAAUAACCGAGCUGACUAAUCGAAUAAUUCAGUAUGAACAUGGUGAAUAUGGGCUUUCUGAAGCUGUGCAAGAAAUUAAAGAUUGCAGAGUGCAAAUUCGUAUAAGAGACAGAAAUAUAGAAGAUUUAACAUCACAAAUCAAUGCUCUCAAUGAAGAGGUUGACAUUUUAACUAUUGAAAAUGAAGAAAUGCGAGAGAGACUUGGCAUUGAGUCUAGGGAUGUAUUAGACGUCACGAAUUUGCGUAAAAAAAAAGCUGUUAAGGAAGAGCAAGCACACUCACUUAAUCGUGUCCUUCAAAAAGAAAUUGAGGUUUUGGAAGAGGAAAGAGUUCAAUUAAAAAAAGCUCUUAGAAAGCAAGCACUUGAUAGAGGGAAAAGGGCUGUAGAACUUGGAUUGAGUUCUGAAGAUCUAGAAGAACCAUAUGAUAUCUCUACAGUGUCACCUAAAUCAAAAAUUGUAAAAAAAUAUAUACAAGAAAAAAGUUCCCCCAUAGAAGAAGAUUCUACAAGAUUAAAAAUAUUAGAAGAACAAAAUAACAUUUUAGAACAGCAAAAGAAAACUUUAGAAGAAGAAAAUAAAAUACUUAAAGAAGAGUCGAGUAAGCUUGAAAUAGGGUUGCGUGAAAUUAAUGGGGCUUUAAAAUCAGGAGUGUCGCCUAUGGUUUUACAAGUUCCUGCAUUGGACACCCUUAUUGCUAUAAUUGAACAGAGGCAUGCAACAGGUCAAUAUGAUACAACACUUCAAUUAAAAGCUCAGUUAAACAAUUUGGCGGGAAGAAAUGAUGAACUACGCUGGGAGUUGCAAACUGCAAGAAGUGAAAUCACAAAGCUCACCGCUGACUUGGAAAGAAAAAUUUUUAAAAUUGAUAUACUGGAAAAUGAAAUUUUGAAUUUGAAUGAAAAUAGAGAAAAUGUAGUUAAGAUUAAUCCAUUGCCUCUCCCUGCUGGUGUCAAUCCAACUUCAAAGGAUAUAAUAGCUUGCCUUAAUGAGUAUCUUAUUCAAGUACUGCAGGAGCUUUCUAAUAAAGAAGAGAUUUGCAAUGAUAUGGAGCGAUGUUUAGAAGAUUGUCGCAGAAAAUAUUCUGUUUUGGCUCACCAACAAAGUAUAUUAUAUCAAGAACAUAUACAACUAAAGAUGCAGGCUGAAGAAGAAAAGUUAGAUUAUGAAAAAAAAAAGGAAGAUUUACUUCAGCAGAGAGCCGAAGAUCAUGUACGUUUACAAGAGUUUGAAAAUUUUUUUGAGAAGUUAAACAGUGAGCCAGAUGAUAAUAAACACUUGCUUGUUGAAAUGACUCGUAAGAUUACAGUAAUGGCUGUUAAUUUGAAAUCCAUUACUCGUAAAUACACGGUUAUUCAAGAUGUGGAGAAAAAUCUCCGUAAAGAAAAUUUAAAAAUUAGAAAAGAUACUGUGGAUUUAGAAGCUUCAGUUACAAGUAAAAUCGGUGAACUAGAACGAUAUAAGGCUAUGUGUAUUUAUAAAAUCAAUGCAUUGCAGAAAAUUCUGGAUGACUCUGUGCCUAGUUCUGAUUUAGAGUUAGCCAAUCGCCAAUUUAAUGAAUUAACUUCAAAAUAUCGAGAUUUGUUACAAAAAGAUAAUUUUCUUGUCGAGCGCACUUCUAAUCUUGAAGGAUUGCAAGCUGAUCUCAAAGCUCUGAAUCAUACAAAUGUUACAAUUAAAGAAAACUUGUUAUUAGAAAAAGAACGAAAUUAUGUUUUACAGCAAACACUCAAUGAUUUACUUAGCAAAAUGGGGAAAUCUGGUGAUGGACAAACCUACAGGUCUGAAGAAAUCUCAUCUUUGGCAAGAAAACUGGCAACACUUGAAAUGAAGGAGCUGAAUGAGCGAGAAAAGGCUGAACAUGCAAUGCAGAAAUAUGAACAACUCAAAUGUCUUGUAAAUGAACUGGAAACUAGAAAUUUAGAUUUGGAAAAAAAGUUUGCUGAUAUUUCCAAAUUAAAUUUACAGUCUCAGCGUAUUGAACAAGAACUAAGUCACCAACUUGCAAAUUGUGUUCCAUCUGAAGUAAAUCGUGUUGAUAAGCAGCGCAUUCUAAAGCUAGAAGAACAACUAGCGCAGCUAACCAAUGAAUGCAGCCAGUUAAAGGAAGUAGCAGAUGUUGCACAGCAUCAGACUGAAACUGUUCAAAUUCAGCUUACAUCUCAAGAAAAAGAGUUAACUUCUCUUAGAAAACAAAUGUAUCAGCAACAGAUGGAAACAGAUGAAAAAACAAUAAUAGCAAAACUUCAUCAUCAGAUUAUUGCACUGCAAGUGAGUGAAGCGACUGCUGUUCACAAACUUCAGUUGGUUUCAACCAAGCUUAGUGCAAAAGAAACUGAACUUAUCAAACUCCAGAAUUUACUAUCUGAUCAAAAUGAAACAAUUUUUCAUAUACGCUCUGAAGCCAGGUCUAAAACCAUGUUUCUUAAAAAGAUGGUACAAGACCUUAGAAGACAAUUUAGUGGUGCAUUGCCUAUUGCAAACCAAGAGAGAUUUUCAGAGACACUGCGAUCUAUCCAGGAGAAAAAGAUCGAGUUAGAAAAAGAACUGGAGCUGGCUUACAACAAGCGUUCCUCUGCUGAAAUUUUAGCUUCAGAACUAAAGUUAAAACUUGAGGGUCUUGAAGAAUUAAUUAGUACUUUAAAAGAUGGCCAAGGUGCAAAAAAGGUCAUGGAAUGGCACAACAGGAUGAGUGAAAUUAAACUUGAUGAUAUGAAGCUCAAACAUCAAAUUAUACAACUUCAGGAAAAGGUGAUAUACUUGGAACGAAUAAGGUCAAAAAAUGAAAGCUCAAUUGCACUAUUAGAAGAAUUAUCAGUAAAACAGUCUAAGGAGUAUGAUGACAGACAGUUGUUAUGGGAACAGCAUGAAGUUGAGCUAGAGCGAAAAAUUGUCAUGUUGGAAAAACAACAACAAGGAAUUAUGGAUGCUGCAAAAAAAUUUGAAGAGGCUACUGGAUCCAUUCCAAAUGAUUCACUUCCAAUAGCUAAUCAAUUGGACAUUGCCAUUGGAAAAAUACAGGAGCACAUAAAGACAAUCAUAGUUACAAAAGCUGAAAUUGUGAAACUUACUGAGAAGUUGCAAGUUGCUGAAGAAAAGGUCCGUAAAGCUGAAAGUGUUUUGCUACAAAAAGAUAAGAUAAUCAAUGAGCUUCGGAUUCGCUUACCUCUAAAUGAUAGAGAAGUCAAAUUUUUUGAAGCAGAUAUAAAUCCUAUGGAAAAUAGAGAAGUUCAACUUGCUGUGAGAGUAGCACAAGCAACCAUUGACAGCUUGAAGUUAAUGCUUGCAAAGAAAGAUGAGAGUCUUGUUAAAUAUCAAAACAUGCUUAAUCAAUCAAGAGAGGAAAUUCGCACUUUAACUGAAGCUCAUCGCCACGAAAUGAAAGUUUUGCAAGAACGUCUCCAACUAGAAAUUGAUGAACAUAUUAAAAAGAUUAAGAAAAUGCACGAAGAUUAUAUUAAUGCGCCACAGCCUAUUGUGGCUACUACACAGCAGCUUGCUCGUCUUUCCGAACUUGAAGAAGUAGUUAAAGAACAAGAUGUUGCAUUAGGAACUGCAUCUGAAAGAUAUCGUAAUUGCCUACUCCAAGUAAAACAGAUAAAAGAAGAGUGUGAAGAAAGUUUAAAGAAACAAAAAGAACAAUCUGAAAAAGAGAGCCAAGAAUAUGCUGAGGAGGUAUUAAGAUUGAAAAAAGAGAUUGAAGAUAAUAAGAUCAUUAUUCGAGAAAAAGAUUUGGAGAUAGAAGUAUUCAAUGAAGAACUUGAAGGUGCAAAAGUAGAGGUAGAAUCAUCAAAGAAAAUGAAAAGUUUGGUGGAACGUCUUAGAAAUCAACUUGCAAAAAAAGAUACAGAACUUAAAACAUUAAGCCAAGUUCUUGUUGAACUUAGAGCAGACAUGGUAACUACAGCUGAAGAGAAUGUUCAGGCAUAUGCUAAAAAGGUAGAAGGAGAAAUAAAUGUUCAACAAUUGAUUGAUAAGGAAACUACACAACUAAAUUCAAAAAUUGAAGAUUUGCAGAACAAAAUAAAAAUUCUUAAAACUGAGUUAAAACAAAAAAAGGAGGAAGAUGCAUUGAAAAUUUGCGAAGUAGAUUUAAUGAAGAAAGAUAUACAGAAAAAAGACAAUGCCCUCAAAGAAAUGACUAAUGAAUUAAAAGAAAAAAAAAAAGCUUUAGAGAAAUAUGAAAAAGCUAGGCUUGAAAAAGAAAAGAUGAAACAUGUAACAAAUAAACCUGUUUUAAAUGAACUUCCUACUCCCAAAGCUUCUCAAGUAUCAUCUCAACCAGUAGAUAUGACGGAUCUGGAUGAAAGACCAGUUAAGGAGACAAAAGAGCAAGUUAUACGCUGGGAAGAAAGUAAAAAAUGGCAAAAAAAAAUUGAAGCACUAAAUUUAAAAUUAAAAGACCGAACAGAAGAAGCAUCACGCUCUGAAAAAACAAUCAACAUGUUAAGAGAUUCAGUUACCAGAAUAGAAAAAGAAAAAUCAUAUCUACAAUCUCGAUUAAAAAGUUUUUCACGAAAUGAAUUACAACCAAUUGGAGUUGAUCUACAUCAUGAGCACACUAUUGCUGAUCUUAAAACAAAAAUAUUUCAGCUUGAGAAUGAGAAUAAUGAGUUAUACAAGAAAGUCAACUUUGACAAUCAAAGAGAAGUUAAAGAGCUGCAUCUCAUUAACAAUCAACUAAAGAAAUCUUUACAAGAUUUAGAACAAAGGCUUGAUCAGAGUUCUUCUCUCAUUCAACGAGUAGAAGUUUUUCAAAAGGAGAUUAUUGAAGUGCGAAAGGAAAACAUGGAGCUUCAGUUUGAAAUUGAAAGGGCUGUAAAUGAUGCACCAAGGUUAAAGGCUCGAAUUGCAGAUUUAUCUGAGUAUAAUGAAAUUUUAAAAACAGAAAUAGAAAAUUUAAAAGGAAAGCAUAAAAAGACAGUUAAUGAGGCAACUAGUGAACAUUCUGUUGAAGAAAUGCAGCGAGUUAUUGCAGCAAUGCAAAGAGUGGUUGAACGACUCCAAACAGAAAAUGAUAAUUUUAAAAAACAAAUUGGAAAGUCAAAACCACAUGCUGAGUUACUUAAAGAAAACCGCACUCUGAAGCAAGAUAUUCAACGCCUUAAACAACUUCAAGCCACUGAAAAUAAACGACCGAACUCUUUUUCUGCUGCAUCUACUGUUAAAAUGAUUCAAGAAAACGAAAAACACUUAAAAGAUUUACAAAAGGAAAGAGAAGAAAUUGAAAAGUUAAGAAUCAGUAACCAAAGUUUAAUGGUCUUAAACAAAAAAUUAAAAGAUGACAUUAUUGAGAAAGAUCAAGCUUUGAGUGAAAUGGAAAUGAAGUUAGAAAGUAGCAGCGGUGCAAAAUCACCAGUAAAAGGAACAAUCACCCAAAGAUUGUAUGAUGGCAAAAUUAAAUCACUUGAAAAUGAAAUUAUCAAAAAGAAUAACAUUUUGUUAGAAAUAAAAUCUCACAUAAAGAAAAGUGCUGAGAGAGAAACUGAGUUGCUUCAUAAAAUUGAAGAAUUAGAAGAAAAGAUUUCACUACUGCAAGAUACUUCGGUGGAUGAUCCUAGACGACAACUGCAACAAAAUAGGUUGGUUAUAGAUCGUCUGGAAAAAGAAAACAAACAGCUUAGAUUAGAAGUAGAAAGGUUAAAAGAGCUGACAAAUGCUGGUCAAAAUUAUGUUGAUGUGACUCAAGAUGAAGUUCUUGCAAAGCUUCAACGAUAUGAUCGAAUGAUGGCAAUUGAAGUUGAACUUCGCACAAAACUUAAAAGUGUUGAAAUAGAAAAAGAGAAGUAUAAAACCGAAAAUCUAAAGUUAAAAAAAGAGCUGAGUGCUUUUGAUCCUGCUUUCUUUGAAGAAUUAGAAGAUAUGAAAUACAAUUAUAAACAAGCUUUGGAGCAAAACAUACUAUAUGAGCAACAACUACGGGAGCUUUCGAACGCAUAUGUCAAAUAUUAACUCUCUAACUAUAUAGGGUUACUGUAUUUAUGGUUUUUAUUUUAUUUAUAUAUAUAUAUAUAUAUAUAUAAUAUAUACACUAGUUGAUGUAUUAAAAUAUAUUUAUAACA